AUGAAUUCCUCGAUGUUGCUAGUCGCUCUGAUGCUCGUGUCGCUGCUGCUGCUGCUCAACACGCCGAUGGCUGAGUCCACGAUCGUUUUCUUUGCCUGCCUAUAUAACUUGAGCAUUUGUCCUUUCCGCACGACGACUGUAACGACAGUAUCUACUUCAUAA